CAGGCAGAGUAAUCGAUCGCCGAUGCUCGCCGGCGUUAGCAAGCAGAUCAAGGACAGCUCACACACGUCUGUGACUCUCUGACAGGCACACAAGCGGCGAAAUAGUUCGCUUCGGGCGGCUCUGAGUGGUGGAUCAUAUGGCUGAGAGCGUGGAUAUCUUUCUCAGAGCCAAACAUCGGACAUUCGGCGGACUGACUGAAGAUGCAGAACAUGAGUGGACGGGACCAUUUUACUUCAUUCAGGCCGCAGACCCCCAGCUUGGGCUGAUGAAAGCUUGGAGGGAAGGUGACUGCGACGGCGGGGGGGACGAAUGGGCCGAGGAGGUUGAGCUCACCAAGCAGGCUGUGGAGGCUGUUAACCAUCUCACUCCCAGGCCAAGGUUCAUGGUGCUGUGUGGGGACCUGGUCCACGCCAUGCCAGACACUCCGUUUAGAGAAGGUCAGGAGAGAGACCUGAAGGCGGCCUUGAAGGGAACAGAUCCAUCCAUCCCACUGGUGUUUGUCAGUGGGAACCAUGACCUGGGGAACACGCCCACUCUGAAUACAGUGGAGCAGUUUUGCAAUGCAUGGGGGGAUGACUAUUUCAGCUUCUGGGUGGGUGGAGUCCUCUGCCUGGUUCUGAACUCCCAGCUGUUUUACGACGCCUCAGCCUGCCCUCAGCUGAAGGAGGCCCAGGAGACGUGGCUGGAGGAGCAGCUGAGCAGAGCCUCAUCUCUAACAGAGCCCAAACCCAAACACGUCCUGGUGUUCCAGCACAUUCCUCUCUAUCUAAAAACCCCAGAUGAGGAGGACGACUAUUUUAAUCUUCAGAAAGCCGUCAGACAAAACCUGCUGGACAGGUUCAAGAGGGCAGGGGUGAAGGCUGUCUUCUCUGGCCACUACCACCGCAACGCCGGCGGUUGCCACAACGGCCUGGACAUGGUCGUGAGCUCGGCCAUCGGCUGCCAGCUCGGCGACGACGCCCACGGCGUCAGGGUGGUGGUGGUGACCGCCGACGGCGUCGUCCACCGCUACCACAGCCUGGAGCAGCUGAGAGCCGGAGGCGUCGACGAGGACCUCAGGACGCUUCUGCAGGCCUGACGCACAGACAAUCACGCUGGAUGGAUUUUAACGUCGUUAGAGGCACAAAAUGGGGUUUCUUUGGAGAAUCACGCGUAUGAUUAAUGAUGUUGAACUUCACUAAUAACCCAUUCUUUAAAACAAAUAAAUAAAAGGUCAAGAUUCGUCACAGCCCGGCCAAAAACA